GCCUGUGAUGUGUGGGGUACAGUAACGGGACAGCAGGUUAAACCAUCAGUCUCACUUGUGAAUGGAGAUGGGUAAACAAUAACGGCUCAGUGUUUUCUACCUUAGUCACAUUUCUGCACAGCGGGGACUCUUUCGUUUGUUCAAACCUCAGACGCAGUUCGCUUCUGGCUUAUUGAAAAAAGAAUUGACUCUUCAGUCAAUUAUUAGAAAAGCACCGGCUUUUUGUUCCCUUCCGUCAUGGCGAUUGCCCACGUAGCCACGGAGUACGUUUUUUCCGACUUUUUGUUGAAGGACCCCUCGGAGGCCAAGUAUAAAGGUGUGCGUCUGGAGCUGGCGGUGGAUAAAAUAGUCACCUUUCUAGCGGUGGGGCUGCCUUUGUUUCUCAUCUCACUCGCUUUCGCUCAAGAGGUCUCAGUUGGUACCCAGAUUGGCUGCUUUCCUCCCACUAACUUCUCCUGGAGACAAGCCGCAUAUGUGGACUCGUUCUGCUGGGCUGCAGUGCAGCAACAGGCUGACAGUUCCCCACUAUGGCUGCACAAGUUCUUUCCAUACAUCCUGCUCUUACUGGCCAUCCUCAUGUACAUCCCGGCUCUGUUCUGGCGUUUCACUGCAGCUCCGCACCUCUCCUCUGACCUCAACUUCAUCAUGGAGGAGUUGGACCGCUUUUAUAAUCGUGCCAUCAAACUGGCAAAGAAUCUGGCAUCCUUAGAUAGCAAGGAUGCUCCAGAGGAAACCCAGAGUGCUCUGGACCUGACCGAGGGCUGCUUCAAAUACCCUUUAGUGGAGCAGUAUCUGAAGACCAAGCGCUUCUCUCACUGCCUCGUGGUCAAGUACCUGGCAUGCCGGGGCCUGACGCUGAUGAUCCUCUUGCUGGCCUGCAUCUACCUCAGCUACUACAUCCGAUUGGCCUCCUUCACAGAUGAGUUCCCCUGUGACCUGCGGACAGGAGUGCUAAAGAACGACAGCAUGGUGCCGUCUGCUGUCCAGUGCAAGCUCGUAGCGGUGGGUGUCUUCAGGCUGCUCAGCUACAUCAACCUAGGGGUGUAUGUGCUUCUUGCACCGUUAGUGGUGUACGCCGCUCUUGGACCAGCACGUCAGAGCUCCAGCUUCCUCCGGCCUUAUGAGAUGCUGCCAGGGUUUGGUGGUUUGGGUGUGGUCACGCCCUUUUACAACGACCUCAGUAUCUAUCUGCUGUUCCUGCACGAGAACCUGAGUGAACUCAAAUCUUUUAAGUGUUUGCAGGUGCUUGAGCUAUUGCAAGAGAAUGGUGAUGAGGGGUUAGACACCAUGUGCUUGCUGCAAUCUCUGGGUCAGGUGAAGACCGACGUUUUAGACUGUAAGAAGAUGUGCCCACGCAAGGACAACAAAAAACCUAAUAAGCCUGAGGAGUGAUUCUUCUAAGAUCUGUCUGCCUUGUUACUGAAUAUCUGACCUGAUGAGGAUCAGAAGCUGUGAUGGAGAAGAAGAAGAAGUGGGAGCAAACUCUAUGCACUUCAUUUUAUCUGACAUUGCUGGUGGUGUAUUGACCUGUAUUUAUGUGAAUCCCCAAGGACAAGUGACUCAGGUCUGAGGUCAUCUGACCCCUGACCUUUUUUUCUGAAAUGAAAUUCCUACGCUACAGUUUUUUCUAUAGUACAUGUCACUUUUCUCAGGGUCUGAAAUGCUUUCCAAUUUCUGAUAUAAUCCUUGCACUGAAAUCAUGCAUUAGUUUUUCUGCUCUAAGAAUGAAAAGUUUCUGAGAACUGGGUUUAGAUGUAUUUACAGUUUAGGCGUCGUAAUAAGAAGAUAUAGUGAUUGGUGAACGUUUGACCAUCCAAAAUAAAGUUAAAUAAACAUGAAUUGUUACUGUUGGUAUUAUUAGAACCACCAGAGGCUGUUUGUCUGGACUGUAAAGCAUGUGAUUAUUUGUCUGAAAAUGUGAUGUUAACCCUGGGUUGUCUAAACUGAUAAGACUGAUGGAAGGUUGUCGUAGGCCCCUACAAUUAAAGAAUGUUGUUCUGAAUUAUAUCAUGGGGUGUUUUAUUUCAUUUCUAACCUUUAACUCGUCAUAAUUUUAUAUAUGCUACUAAACAUUAAUAUACAAUACCCUCAUGUCAACUACCACAUAACAGUAUAAUGAAUAUUUUCAUAAACUUUUUCGUGGGGAUGAUGAGAGGAAAAAUCAAGGGCAUGUGAAAAAAAACUGGUGGGUUUUUGUUCUUUGAAAGGAAUGUAUAACCUGUCUUCCUUACUAAUGAUCAUACAUAGAUAAAUCAUUCAUACCUGA